AUGGCCACAAGACCACAGCUCUUCACCCGCGGCCUCUCUGGCCUCUCGCAGAGCUCCAGCGCCGGCGACGUCAGCUCCCCAGCCGAGCAGCGCGACGAUGCGAAGCGCAAUCUGUUCAAGUCGAUGCGGCUGCCCACGCAGCACUACUGGGACAUCUACUUUGACCGGUUCGAACAAAAACCAGACGCCGCUGGCCAGGGCGAAUACACGGCCCAGCUCGAAAAGAUUGGCACGCAGAUCGAGUCGGUCCAGGACUUUUGGCGCUACAACAACAACACCCCCGUCGAGAACAUCAAGAUGCGCGAGUCCAUCUACCUCUUCAAGUCCGGCUUCAAGCCCAUCUGGGAGGACCGCCGCAACAUCAACGGCGGCAGCUGGACGUUCCGCGUGCCAAAGACCAUUGGCCCGGACUUUUGGACUCGCAUCCAGCUGCUGGCCAUUGGCGAGAAGCUGCAGAGCGUCAUUGACGAUGCUGACCAGAUCUGCGGCGUCGGCCUCUCCGUCCGCUUCACCUCCCACCUCAUCACCGUCUGGCACCGCGACUCGUCCAAGCAAAACUCCAUCGAUGCCCUGAUAGCCUGCAUCCUCGAGGAUCUGCCCCCGGAGCUGCAGCCCAAGCCAGACCACUAUUUCUACAAGAAGCACUCGGACCACGCCGGCUUCAAGGCCCCGCCCGAACUCCAGGCUGUCCUCGACUCUCAGAAGCGCAACGCUGCUGCUGCCGCCGCUGCAUCUGCAUCUGCUCCCGCUGCCCCUGCGGCACCGCUUGAAGCGCCCUCAGUGACUGUUGAGUCUCCGCAGUAGUUGCCUGCUCCUUUCGAUAUCACGCCUCCUCCUCUUCUUCUUCAAUGAGCGAGAGAGCGACAGCAUAGUGUUUCUUUUUACUUGGUCCUUUUUAAUCCCCCCGUGCAAAGGUCUUGGAAUUGCCACGGCGAGAUACUGGGCUCCAACUUCAUUUAUACACUCGACAUCUUGGGUAUGGUGAUGAUUUACGGCGUUUUUAAUCAUUGGGGUUUUCUAGUAUACAAGGAAAAAACCGUGUCCCUUUUCCUCGUGUCAGGCAUUUUCCAGUUACCAAUUUAGCACAUGUUGCUAAAUCACAGUUCAGAAAGCGUUUGUAAUGCAGCCAUUAGAAUUUCCGUUCCAUCAAGGGCUAUGGAUGGUCGAGCAUAACUGUACUAAGAAUAUAUAUAUAUAUACAUUCAUCAAUUCAUCGACACAUUCAUGC